AUGAUAUAAUAGAUUAAAUAAUAUGAUAAUUUGGAAGAAUUUAAAAGCUCUUCACUUUUAUCUCAUUAGGUUCUCCAUAUUAAUUUGAGAAAUUAUUAAAUUGGUGCAUUUGGUGCAUCAGGCUUAUGUUCUGCUUUAGCAAAUUGCAUUAAUAUCUCAAAUUUGACACUUGACCUUAGUGGAAAAUAAAUUGGUGCAAUUGGUGCAUCAGGCUUAGGUUCUGCUUUAGCAAAUUGCAUUAAUCUCUCAAAUUUGACACUUUAACUUUAGUUUAAUUAAAUUGGUGAUGAAGGUGCAUCAGGCUUAGGUUCUGCUUUAGCAAAUUGCAUUAAUCUCUCAAAUUUGACACUUUUCCUUAAUUAGAAUUAAAUUGGUGCAAUUGGUGCAUCAGGCUUAGGUUCUGCUUUAGAAAAUUGCAUUAAUCUCUCAAUUUUGACACUUGACCUUAGGUAAAAACAAUUUAUUUGUUUUGAAUUGUGA